AUGAAAACAACUUCACAUGCAUCCUCAGUAUUUGACUUAUCUAACUUGGACGAUUUCAACAGAUACGUCAAACAGACAGAACUCAACGACUUAAUUUACGACAAAAUUGCCUCCAGAAACCCCCAACAAGAUAAUGUGUUGGAUGUGGUUGCCACUAAUGACAUGGCACAACAUUUUUAUGCUGACAAUGACGAGAACUUCACUGGUGAACCUUCGGACAAAAAUAAAUCUGUGAAGCCCAAAUCCUCAUGGAUUUCUAAAGAUUGGAAACUUUUCACCCCUGCGAAAGGUUCAAAAGCUGACGGAGAAUCCUUACGAUCGAAAUCCAAAUCAAAUAGAGGCAACGAUUCCUCGCCCAUCACAUCUGCUGAAGAGAAGAAUCAUCACUUUUUGCAGAGAAAGCUUAAGGUGAGACAUUUACAGAUGAUUUCCUUUGGUGGCACCCUUGGUGUUGGGCUCUUUUUGAACAGUGGAAAAGCAUUUACAAUUGCCGGCGGGUUCGGCACUUUACUCGCUUUUAUUUUGUGUGGUAUUGUUGUCUUAACAACGAUCGUUUCGUUCUGUGAAAUGGUCACUUUUAUUUCUGUGGUAGAUGGGGUUUCCGGAUUAAGCUCCAGAUUUGUUGAUGAUGCCUUUGGUUUUGCAGUAGGGUGGUUGUAUUGGGCUAGUUUUGCAUUUGGGUUAGCAGGUGAAGUGGUUGCAAGCGUUAUCAUGCUCGCCUAUUAUCCUGCGCUCAAGAUAACUACAGACACUGCUCCUUCGGUAGGAUUUGUGACAUUAUUUUUACUAAGUAUCGUUCUUAUCAAUUUGAUUGAUGUUCGAGUAUUUGGUGAGAUCGAGUACAUCUCGAGUUUGAUCAAGUUGACUUUUGCAUUAGUUGUAAUUGUUAUUAUGAUUGUUUUGAAUGUUGGUGGGUUUCCCAACAGAGACUAUAUUGGCUUCAAAUAUUGGGAUCACAACAAGUCAGAUUUUGCACAUAACGUUCUUUUUGGGUUAUUUCGGCCAUCAUUCAAUCUUAGUGAUGGUGGAACUGAUCCUCCAAAUAAAGGUCAGGGUGGAAAUGAAGGACGCUUUUUGUCGCUUUUGGUAGCCGUGGUUGUGGUUGCAUACGCUUAUAGUGGAACUGAAAUUGUCUGUAUAGCUGCUUGUGAAGCACAAAAUCCUAGAAAGGCUUUACCCUCCGCAACCAAAAGAGUCUUUUGGAGAAUUAUCAUCUUCUACUGCUUAUCGUCAUUUGUUGUGUCAUUGAAUAUUUAUUCUGGUGAUCCUAGAUUGUUGCGGUAUUAUUCAGGUUUGACUGGUGUUGAGCUGGAUCAAUUCGCUACCAAUUAUGCCAUCCAGUACGCUGGGGGACUUAACUGCAAUAGUGAUUCUACUGUGUUCGCAGGAUUUGCAAGUGGAGCUCAAAGCCCGUGGAUUGUCGCAUUGCAAAGUGCUAAAUUAUGUGAUUUGAGCUCGGCUGUCAAUGCAUUUUUGGUGUUCUUUGCUGUUAGUUGUGGUAAUGCACAAUUAUAUGUCAGUUCAAGAACCCUUUAUUCAUUGGCCUUGCAGCGCAAGGCACCCAAGUUUUUGACCCAUUGCAGCAGAUCAGGUAUUCCAUACAAUGCAGUAUUAUUCUCUGCUAGUUUUGGAUUGUUGUCGUAUAUUUGUGUGUCAGAGCUGGCCACGGUUGUCUUUCAAAACUUGACAAGUCUUAUUGCGUCUUCCGGUGUUUUGGUAUGGUUUGCCAUGUGUUUGUCGUACAUCCGAUUCUACUAUGGGUUGAAGAGAAGACCAGAUAUCAUCAAUAGAGACGACAAGUCGUACCCAUAUAAAUCACCAUUUCAGCCAUACACUGCAUUCAUUGGUCUUUUCGGAUCUGCUGCCAUAAUUCUAGCCAUGGGUUUUGUUGUCUUUUUGAAGGACCAAUGGAAUACCAUGUUCUUCUUUUCCAGUUACGGAACCUUACUUGUGUUCGCUGUGUUGUAUUUUGGCUACAAGUUACUUAAGGGCACUAGGAUCCCGAGCUUGGACACCUUGGACUUCGACUCAGGUAGAACAGAGAUGGACAGGUACAUUUGGGACGGAGGACGAGACUAUAAUAUCAGAAGUUUCAAGGAUGUCAUGAGUAAGUGGAUAUCAUUUUUGGCAUGA